UGCUCUGCAGUGGUCCUGUUUUCACUUCUGUUUGUGGUGUGUUUCCUGGCUUUGCUGCAUCGGAGGAAACGCAACAACAAAACUGUGAUGCCUGGCCGUCCGGAAGAAAACAGAAACGAGCUGAAAGAAGACAGCAGAUCCAGUUGUGCUCAGUCCCCAAGACUCGAAAACAAUCAAAUAGAAAACGAUCACUGGGACUCAGAGAUGGGAUGGAGGAGAUCCUUUACCGGACUCAGAGCUAAGUCAGCUAAUGCUGUUCUCCUUAUGUCUCCUUUUUGUGCACCUGUGAAAGAUCUAGGGACUUUACAAACGGAGACAGAGACUCAGUCAAAAGACACAUCAAACCAAGAUGAAGGAAAGCAGAAGCUGGUAAAUGAAAGUGAAGUAGAUGGAGGAAUUCAGACAGAAAAUCUAACAAACUCUGAUGUGAUAAAAAAUGCUAAACAAGCCGAUGUUGGUAGAAAUCAAGAGCAAAACCCCCAGCGUGUUUCUGCAAACACUGACGCUGUGCCGUAUCUCAGCAUCGGUCCAAACCAGAAUAAACCCAAUCCUGAUGAUUUCAACAAACAGUCCACUGAUGGUCCAUGUCAAAGAUCACAGACGGGAAAAGUAAUGGGGAGGAUCGCCACCUGGCCCCCAACCGCAGUUCAGUGGCAGGCAAGAUGUAAGAUGAAGGAGGAGGAGGGGUCGGAUGUCUUCACUGUUUGGACACCAAAGUUUGGAGAUGAGGUGAAGAAAGUGUUAGAGGAGGAGGAGCGUCCCUCUGAUUCGGACCAGGACAAAAAGGAAGAGGACGUUGAAAAAAAUGAAAUGGAAGAUUUAAAAACUACUCCAAAUCAAGAACCUUUGAAAAGUACUGGAGCUCACAUGAAGUUGGGAAUAUCAAAACCAAAUAACGAGACCAUUUCUUUCGGCACAUCUUUUCCCCACACUGACGCAAGGCUAGAGGAGCAGCUAAAGAAGGAGGAGAUGAUCCAGGACCCUGCUACUGUGAGAAAGACCCAAAAUCUGAAUAAGGCUAAACUUGGUCCAAAUCAAAACCUGGAAUCUUUGGCAAAUCCUGCACUGAUGAAGACCAAGAAGAGCCGCAACAAGGCUGAACAGGGGAUGGAAGCAAAGCAAGCUGGGAAGGUAGAGAACCAAAGCACCGGCUCAAGGGCUCCCUCCGGUGGCGCCUCACCAGAUGAUGAAACCCUGCUCUCCGGUAACGAGUACGCCUUCAUGGACCUGCUGCAUGAAGUGGUUCAGAACAACGGUCGCAGGACCAGAGAGAGGUGGAAGCAGGUACAGAUCAACAAGCAGCGGCGUCAGGACAGAGUUACCGAAGGAGUUUAGAAAGUUAUAUUCCAUACAUUAUUUUUUAUCUUAAACCCUCUGACGUCUAAGGACAUUUCUCCCCAUUUUUACAAAUCUUCUUAGAUUCACCUUUUUAGGGUAUUUGCAUACAACCCGAUACCCAUGUUUCAUAUCAAUGUGUUCUGAAUAAUGAGGCCCAAAUGUGUUCUAGAGCAAUGUGAAGACAUAAUAUUGGCCCUCGGCUGAAAAGUUGAGUUUGGUUUUUGAAAUUCCUCAAAUCUCUUGUAAAAACAUGUACACCCUUACUCGCGUGUUGAUGAAUUGUUUUGUUGCUUGAAAUGAGAUUUUCCAAAGUCUAAGGUUCACAAGAGUAGUGUAAUAAAUGAGUACAAUAGUAAAUAAAUGUAUAAAAAAUGUUUAAAAUUAAAUUUUGCAACCGAGCUUUUCAAUGAGUGUUGUC